AUGAAGCUGGCUGGCUGUGGCAAUCAGGUGAAGAUUUUGGACUUUGGAUUGGCCUGCUUCUUGUGGGACACGGACGCUGCCACGUCAAAGGUGGGCAGCGUUGGAUACCUCCCCCCAAAGAUGUUCCACCCGGGCUUGCCGGCGCUGACGACCAAGGUAGACUGCUACUGCGCAGGGGCGCUCCUGUACAUGUGUCUGGCAGGCCAUGGGCCUUUCCACGGGCCUAACCAGAAGGAGACCCUGGCAAAGAACCCUCUGAACUCUGUAUGUCUGCAGGGCGUGGCCGGUUUUCCGAAAGGGGCGCGGGACUUGGUCCUCCAGCUGCUGUCCACAAAGCCAGAGGACCGCCCGACGGCGCGACAGUGCUUGCAGCACCCUUGGCUCGCCUGCGCCACGAAGGAGGCGCCUUCGCACGCAACCGCGCUGGCCCCUGGUUGCCUCCCGUGCUCCGCCCCCGCCCCGGGCAGUUGCUUCCCGGAAGCCUGCAGCACGGCGGUGCCGGCCCGCACGGACCAGUGCGGGGCGCACUCCUCGAGCCGCGAGGACUUCUCCUCGCGAGAGUCUACGCCCCCCAGCUCCAGCGCGUCCACGACCUCCCUGACAGCAGUCACGCUAGGGAGGCUGAGCUCCAACAGGAGCACCAGCCUCGAGAGCGUCGGAUUCGGCGCGCACCGCGCCCCGGCGGCCGCCCUGCUGCAGGUGCCCGCGCGCAUGCGCUGGGCGUCCGCGAGAGGCUCCGGCGCCCUCGCGGCGCGGACGUUGCGACAGCAGGGGGGGGGCGAGGUGGUCCGCAGGCUGCAGGGUCUCGGGGGGCGCCCCUGA